UAUUUCCUUCUCUUUCCCUUGGCGGGGGAGCUUUGUGGAGGUCUCGCUCUGCAUGUUCUUCAAUGCCUCGCCAGAGUGCAUUUCGACUGGGCGUUUGCAGAGCGGGCAAGUAUCGAUUGGUGUGAUUUCUUUGUGCAGUUACCGUUGCAAAAUCCGCUCUAUCUGUUCUAUGUUUUGUGGUCUUGUGGAUUUUUUAGCCCGCUUUUGGUCGACAUUUCGGAUUGCACGUGUUGCAGGUUAGUUUCAUUGUAUCUUCGAAUUGGAUUCUCGGAGAGACCUCUUUCCGGUCCGCUUAUUCUUCCUCCCAUGCCUGAAGGUUACUGUCUCUGGCUUCCACAAUGUUUCGUUACUUUUUCCUGUCUUUCACUUUCUCCAGUAGCUGAUGGUUGUUUGUCUCUAGAAGUUUUGUGGUGGACUUCUUUCUUUGCCGGGCCACCCUAAAACUACUUGUUUUGUUAGCCAUGUGUUAUCCAUUCGCAACACGUGUCAGAUUCUCCGUAGGGUUCUGUUUUCAAUCUUCAUUCUGAUGCUGUUAACUUUCAGAUUUUCACAUACUGUUACUCCGUUCAUGUUCAUGUGUUCUUCGGCCAUUUGUUAUAACGAUUGUUUCUUUUUAUUGCUCCAAAUGUGUCUGUAAAGCUUGUCAGCCUCUUUUUGUAGUUUGUGGACUUCGGAGUUAUUCCAAGGGCGUAUCGCACAGUCGAAUAGCCCCGUAGCUUCCUCUGUGGCUUCUAUAUUUUUGUUCUGUGGCUUCUACAUUGACUAUUCUGUAUAGUAGUUAAAGUGUUUCUUCUAUUUCGGUUCUUUGAUUGCGGAAAAUGCCUAAUAUCAGAGGAUCAUAAUCUUGAACAGACCCCAGGAAACAAAUGUAAUAAUAAGGCUUUGCCCACUAAUUCCUGUCAUUUGUGUUUGUUUAAAUUUUGCCAGGAACUCGGAAAUUUGAGGUCAAUCAUGGCAGUUUCUAGAACUAUCAGAGGUCCAGUAGCGUCAUAUCAACCUACCACUCCUCUGAACUUCUCUCUAAGUGUUGGACAGACUCCGACGUCAGCCACAAUGAACAAUAAGAGCCUCUCUCUCAAACAGAUAUGCGUGAGCAGUGAAAACAUCCAAGUUAGUGUGGUGAAGAGAGACGCAGUGAUCUAUGCGGCAGAACUAGAAAUCAACUCCCUCCCCAGCUCAGUGUGCGAGACACUCAUCAGAGGUCAAUUCCACUGCCAACUUGGCUCUUUGACAGGGGCGCAUAUAACUGUGAAAGGAAAGUACUUCUCGAGUGAACAGAAAGCCAAUUUCACCUCCACCGGAAGAAGUUUGCCAUUCAGGGCACUCUAUUUGGACAUCACUGCACAGAAUAUCAAUUCAGUUGAAGCCGCUUUAAAUCUUCUCUCGACCGCAAUCACAACUGCAAUGCAGAGUCAUUCUCCAAAACAGAGUUGUAGUGUGGCGCCUCCAGUUUCGGCUCAGUCGUCAGGACAAAUGCCUCCUACGACAAUAUGUCCAGAUCCAAUAGCAUCUCCGGGAGUCAGAAUGAAUCACAAUCAUGCUAUCAGUUUUUCACACAAGGCGACGAACUUGUUACCACAACCGGCAUUUCUACAACCUCCAACAAGACCAACUUUAAGUGCAAUUCAAUCUGUUGCCGAAAGUCAGUUAAUUAGUGUUCAACCAUUUGAGGACAGAUUGUUGGUUGGCAUAAAUAACGUGCCACCCACGUUUAACCUCGUGAACAAACUCCGAGGACUGAACAACGUCAACGUGAACUACAUUGAAGCGGAAUCGGGUUCCGAGAUAAGUCUCAGAGGACGUGGUUCAGCAAAAGGCCACGAUGCAAUUACUGAUACAGACUCAAAUCUGCCCUUGCACUUCUUGAUUCGCGCCAAGGAUCAGGUCUGUUUGAGUUCAGGCAAGCAGCUUUUGAAGAGUUUGAUCGAAACUACGAGACGAGAGCUCUCAGAGCACAUGGGCAUAGUAAAUGAAGCUGCUCCUUGGCAUCCAUGAACUCGUUGAAAUUAAUUAAUGACUUGAAAUGUUAUCAAAACUCGUUUUAUUUUGUAAUAGCCUUUAUGGUUGAAUGAAUUUGAAAUCUGAAUUUUAUAGCAAGUG